AGGACCUGAAGACCGGGACUUGUGUGGACUGGCUUUCGUGGGACGGUGCCCCCAGUUCUUAGGACCCUGCCUUUUUGUAAGAGAAAAAGGACAGAAGAAGAGGGAAUAAUGACAAUGUUCCUGGCUGUCAGAUACCAGGAAUCAGUGACAUUCAAGGAUGUAGCUGUGAACUUUAGCCAGGAGGAGUGGGGACAGCUGAACCCUGCUCAGAGGAAUCUGUACAAGGAUGUGAUGCUGGAGAACUACAGAAACCUCAUCUCACUGGGACUUCCCAUAGCUAAACCUGAUGUGAUCUUCCAGCUGGAGCAAGGCAAAGAGCCGUGGUUACUUGGUCUGCCAAGAGCUAAAGAAAGAGAGUCGCCAAAAAAUUCUUCUUUGGACUGGAAGAGUCAUAAGACCCAGAAGUCAUCUCCAAAGCAGAAAAUUUCACAAGUAGAAUCAUUAGGAACAUUAAUAGUAAACUCUGCAUGUAGAGGAGUUCGUGUACGUGGUGGCACAUUGGACAGGAAGAAGGAGAACUCUGAAGGGGAGGCAUGGGAGACAUUCCUUUCCCAUCAGAGAGAUUCUAGGCAACUAUUAAUUAUUCCCCCCCAAAACACCACUAAGGAGCAAAGCCAAGAAUUUAGCCAAUGUGGGGAAACUAUUGCCUGCUCAUCCAUUACUCAACAUCAGAGAAGUCAUACUGGAGAGAGUCCCUAUGAAUGUAAUGAAUGCGGGAAAAUCUUUAGCUGGAAAUGCAAUCUAACACGACAUCUGCUAACACAUACUGGAAAAAAGCCUUACAAAUGUAAGGAAUGUGGAAAAUCCUUCUUGAACCAUUCUUACCUUACGUCCCAUAAGCGAAUUCAUACUGGAGAGAAGCCCUAUGAAUGUGGUGAAUGUGGAAAAGCCUUCUCUAAACAUUCAUCCCUUACUGAACAUGAGAGAAUUCAUACUGGAGAGAAGCCUUAUAAAUGUAAUCGUUGUGGAAAAGCUUUCAGACAUAGAAGUGCCAUUAUGAGACAUCAUAUGACUCAUACAGGAGACAGUCCCUAUAAAUGUAGCGAAUGUGGGAAACCAUUCUUAAACCCUUCAUCCCUCAUGGUUCAUGAAAGAAUUCAUACUGGAGAGAAGCCCUAUGAAUGUGAUGAAUGUGGAAGAGCCUUUGCUAGGCAUUCAUCCCUUUCUCUACAUCAGAGGAUCCAUACUCAAGAGAAGUCCUUUGGAUGUGAUGAAUGUGGAAGAACCUUCUUUGACUUUCCAUCACUUACUCGACAUCAAAAGAUCCACUCUGGAGAGAAACCCUACUUAUGCAGUGUGUGCGGAAAAACUUUUUGGUGGAAAUGUAAUCUCACUAGACACCAGCUAAUACAUACUGGAGAGAAGGCUUAUGAAUGUAAUGAAUGUGGGAAAGCCUUCUUUGAUGGAUCAGCUCUUACUCAACAUCAGAGAACUCAUAAAGGAGAGAAGCGUUACAAAUGUAACGAAUGUGGAAAAGCCUUGUCUAAACAGUCAUCCCUUACUGAACGUGAACGAAUUCAUACUGGAGAAAAACCCUAUGAAUGUGAUGAAUGUGGGAAAGCUUUCACCCUGAAAAGUACCCUUACUAGACAUCAACGAACACAUAUUGGAGAAAAACCCUAUGAAUGUGAUGAAUGUAGGAAAUUUUUCAGUCAGAAAAGUAAUCUUACCCGACACCAGCUAACACACACUGGAGAGAAGGCUUAUGAAUGUAAUGAAUGUGGGAAGGCCUUCUUUGACCAAUCAGCCCUUACUCAACAUCAGAGAACUCAUAAGGAAGAAAAGCUAUAUGAAUGUGAUGAAUGUGGAAAAGCCUUCACUCUGAAACGUAACCUUACUAGACAUCAGUUAAUUCAUACUGGAGAGAAGCCUUAUUUUUGCAGUUUAUGUGGGAAAGUUUUCAGUAGCAAGUCAUCUGUCAUCCAACAUCAGCGACGUUAUGUCAAAGAUUAA